CUAUAAACGUCCUUGUCCUUAACCUAACAAUGAUCUAACAUAAUAAAAUGUCAUAGUAAAUGCUCAUCAAAGAAUCAUAAUUUAUGUAAUUAUUAACACAAUUUUGUUAAGUGUUUGCCAAUUAAUUAUUUAUAGGAAUAUCUAUGGAUUAGGUACUUAAUUUCUGUUUGCUUGAAAAUUGCCAAUCUAAUACCGGAAAACAAAAAAAUGUCUCUUGGACCAAUACAUGUAAUCAGGCAAAAAAAUAUAUGUUCUGCUGCUGUGAUAUUUUUACAUGGAUCAGGUGAUACAGGACAAGGAGUACUAGAUUGGUUAAAAUUUCUCGUAGGUGAUUUUGCCUUGCCGCAUAUUAAAUUUUACUUUCCAACAGCUCCGCUUAUACCAUACACGCCGUCAAAUGGAGAACUGAGUAAUGUUUGGUUUGACAGGUAUGACAUUACACCUGAAGUCCCUGAACACGAAGAAAGUUUGAAUGUAAUUAGCCAGGAAAUACAAGGAUUGAUAAAAACGAUUCGUAAGGAUGAUAAUCUUCCUCUUCAUAAAAUUGUUGUAGGUGGAUUCUCUAUGGGUGGCGCCCUAGCACUUCAUACGGCUUAUAGAUUCUCUCCAGGAUUGGCUGGAGCCUUUACACUAUCAUCUUUUUUAAAUACUGAUUCAGCAGUAUAUAAACAAGGACAAGCUUUUGAUACACCUCUUUUUAUGUGUCACGGAGAUCGGGAUACAAUGGUGCCACUUUCUUGGGGUCACAAAACGCACGAAAAUUUGAAAAAAUUAGGGAUCGAUGCUGAAUUUCAUGUCAUCAAAAAUACGAUGCACGAAAUGAAGAAACAUGAAAUAUUAAAUCUUUUUCAAUGGAUUCAAAAAAUUUUAUCUGAAAAGAGACAAACUGAUUCACAGUGAAGUGAAAUAUUAUAUAGCUAAUAUGUACAAUGUGUGAACAAUUUAAAAAAGUAAAGUUCCUUUUUAGUUAAAGUAGUCUUAAUAUGCAAAUUUAAUACCAAAAGUUACUUUUCUCUUAGAAAAUUGAACUGUUUUCUGUGUCUAUUAAUUUCGAAUAAAAUGUGUGGUAAAAAGAUAUAAAAAAAAGACGAGC